AUGGUAAGACCUCGCCAUCCAACGCCUCUGUAUCCAGGGCUCGACAGGCGUGCAUAUGGCGGACUCCGUCAUGGUGCACAAGACAAGCUAAUCGAUCGAUUCCUGAGAUGGACCUUCCGUCGCCCACCUCGCGCUAAGCCAGGACGAGCACUACAUGAAGGCGAAUGGCUACCAAUGCAACCUGACUACAAUCAAGGAGAGCAGCCUCUCGGUGAAGGUGGCAUGGGAAUAGUGCAUCUCUGGUGCUAUAUCGACAACAAUAACCGCAUUCGAGAUCGAGUCAUUGUAAAACAGGUACAUCCUGGAGUCUUCUCCUGGGAACGCAAAGACAUGUGGCGCGACGGAGAGGUCGGUGGCGAGCCUCGGGAACACAUGUUGAGUAACAAGGUCUACGAGAACCUGGAGGCAUCGACCGCUGGUCAUGGCAAAUUCAUGACAGAGUGUCUCGGGUACGGCAGUAUACGGGACCCUAACUUGAACAUAGACUGGACGACUGGAUUGAUGGCUCCUUCGGCCAUUGCGGGAUACAAGCUCUAUUUCGAGUACUGUCCCUUUGGCGACCUGAGAAAUGCGAUCAUAAGACAGAGCAACGCUGGAGAGUUUUUCCACGAAGGAUUCAUCUGGAUGGUGUUUGAAGCACUUGCGGAAUGUGCUGUGGCGAUGACUAAAGAUCCAAUCGUACAUAUGGACAUCACAACAAGCAACGUCUUGCUAUCGAACAACGACCCCCAGCGAUUCAAGAUCUGGCCCACUCCCAAGCUGUCUGACUUUGGGUCAGCGCGCAUUAUCAAUAGCUCUACCGCACGACGACGGGGACCUGUCGAAGCAAUGCACCCAUACUUCACACCACCGGAACUCGGCGUGAUGAGAGGAGACUGGGAAGUCGAUGGCUUGAAAGUGUCGCACAGAACCAAUGUGUGGCAAAUAGGAUUGGUCAUCACCUGUAUGAUGCGACUUGAGUUUUACCUUCCGGAAACCGAUUGGCGUACGGGACCGUCAUCAAUCCAUCCAAACGACGAACUUCAUUUUCAUGACCCCAAUCAGCGAGAACUCCAUCCCCACAGUUUCCAACAUGCGAAUUGCAACUACAGUCCGAACUUGCUAGCGCUUGUACGGCAAUGCAUGAGAUACGAUCCAGCUCGCAGACCAUCACCGCGGGCGUUGCUGCAAAGAAUCCAAGCACGCAUACCAGGUAGUUGUGGUGGUAUGGAUACUUAUACUGGAGAUCGCAAUGGAAGUAUACCAUGGAACAAGACGGAGAAGCUUCGAGGUUUGAAGAAAGAUAAUGAGUGGCCGCUGGGUGAUGAUGCCGAAGUUGUAGACGUGUUCUGA